AGUAACGAGCUCCGCGUGGCACAAACAUUUAGUCGAGCAUAUAAUAAAGCAAGGGAACGUCGGGAAGCGUCCAGGUUUUAACCUUGAAAUGUUGGCUUCUUUCAUGUACUACAGUAUGUUUGAAGCACAGAAUGUAGAUGUUGAUGUAAACAGGAUGUGUGUGCCUGUCAUGGUGUGGCACGAGGAGGACAGAGAGAACACCAUGACCGUGAAGCAGGACUGUAAGAGACGUCAGGAGUUAUCACAAGCCCCUAUUUCAUGUUUGGUUGGGACCAUGGAGAGUUUAAGUGAGGAAAUUUCCCACCUACCUUUGCUGCAAAGACACAGCAGCCCUGUGCAGAGCAGUCAUGAGAAUACAAACGGCCACCUGGAGUCUACGGCUAAUGAGAAGAGAGAGAAGCCCCGCAGUAUCCCCUGCUCAAUUUUGUGCAAGAGUCACACGGUCACUGAGAAGAAGAUGAUGGACAUACCGAAGAUGGUGGAGCUGUACCACUGUCCACAGUUUGGUGAUGUUCCAGUACCUCUGCCACACAAUACAGCAUACAGUGCCAUCGUCACACGUGUCAUACAGGCACAGCGCCACCUAGUGCACAAGCCCAGGUUAAAGACCGUCUUCCAUAACAUUCUCUCUUCCCCCACUGUGGAAAGCUUCGUUAUCAAUUCGUUCUGGUGGCUCUUCCUGGAGAACUUUCAGCCGGACAGGAAAGCACAGGAUCGACUGUUCGGCCGGAUUGCAGAGAAUUACAUCAGCAUUCUGACCCAGAGCUUGUCCUCUAACAGUGGCACUAUCUUUCUUCAGGAUUUCCCCAGCACACUGAGUCAGGUGCUGUUCUGCUGCUUCUCCUGCUGUUUCCCACAGUCCUGCUGUUUCUGUGAUCCAACCUUCCUCACAGCUCUGUGCUCCACCGUUUACCAGUGGACCGGAGGGCUCUGUCCUGCUCCUGAAGUCUAUAAGCAAUGGGACUUUGAAGCUCUGGAGGCAAAUGAGUCCAGUAACAUUUUGCUAAGAGAAAAAAAGAAGAAGGAGAAUGACUCAUUGCACACUUCUAUUGACAGUGUGUUUUCUAGCAUCUUCUUAACUGAACCCUCCAGCAACCACACAGCUGUUAAAAAGAAGAGAAUGAAGAGUCUGUGUGAGGUGAGUCAGGCCAGUGCAUUGAACUCCAAGAACAAGAUCACAACUAUGAGCUGCAGAAACACCAGCAAAGUGGAGAAAACAUCAGCUUCACAAAACAACCCAGGCUGUGAUCUUAAAGGUGACCACAAAAACACCACAUCAGCCCGAGAGUCUCAUGCAGUGGAUGGACACAUGGAGGUGAAGCACUGUGUGUUUAAUGUGUGGGGAAACUCACCUCUGGUGCAGCACCACAUGAACACAAUGCAUCUGCAGAGCAACGUAGGUUACAAUGUUCUAGUGAGGAGAACCCAAAUCCAAGCUCUGCAUCAAGCAAACUCACCAACUUACCAAGAUGUUCUGAGGCAAACACGUCAGCGUUCCUCCUGCCAGUGGAAGGAACUGCGUUCUCUCUGGGCACGACACACACAGGAAAUAAGAAUCAUGCAGAAGAAACGGGAAGAUGAACAAAAUCAGCUUCUCAGAAAACAUAAGAAAAUCCUGUCUCAGAGACCUGUGGUACAUAAACUCUGCCAACUGCUCGUGCCACCAAACAAGGGAGAAGAGGAAAGCAAAACACGCUCUGAGAGGUUGCUUGCAUUUAGAACCAUAAUAGCUGGAAUUGAGUAAAACAUGUUGCAUCCACUACAUCUAAUAGGUGCACAGUGCAUUUAAAGGAGAAAUGAGCAAAAUCUUCAUCUCUUGUCUUUAAUGGUUUCAUGGAUAAAUCCCUAGAUUCUAGGUUUUCUCAUAUAAAACGUAUAGGAUCACUUUCAAUGCUCGUAGAUAUUCACUGAAUGGAAUUUGAGGUUUAUAUGAGAA